CCGCACUAGAGAGAGAGAGAGAGAGAGAGAGGUUGUGUGUGUGUAUGGCAGUGUAUAGGUCUCUUGACGGGGAGAACGUUCAGAGUGUGACACACACACACACACACACUGCUGGUCAGAACAAUGAGCCUCUCAGCUCCGGCGACUCUGCCCAUCCCGUCCGCCUGCGUCUGAACACACGCUUUCUCUCUCUUUCUUACACACACACACACACACACACACACUCACACACACACACACACACUCAUCCCGUUCGCUCGCACAUGCUGCUCAGUGAUGUGAGGUUGCUACUGACAGACGUGCCUUUGACAUCCGCUGCUGCUUGGACCGCUUGAAAGAGCAACGCCCCCCUCCCCCGCCCCCUUUUUUCCCGCUUCUGCCACCCGCUUCAGCGCCAAGUGACGUCCGCAGUCCUGGACGAGAACGGCCUCUGCUACGCACCUGGUCGCCACAGCAACACCCUCCGCCCCCCUGCGUGUGCCCCCAUGUUGCUUCUCGAGUCUGUGUCAUAAGGACGUAUCCAGGCAGUGUGUGUGUGUGUGUGUGUGUGGGUGGGGACGUGUGUGUGUGUGUGUGUGUGUGUGUGUGUGAGUGAGUGAGUGAGUGAGUGAGUGAGUGUGUGUGUGUGUGUGAGUGAGUGAGUGUGGGCAAAAGGUGACUACUACUGCCUCUUUCCACACCGCCAACUCCAGCUCUCACCCCCUCUGCCCCCGUAAGCACACGUAAUCAAUAAUGAGUUUCACCAUCCGUCUGGCUUGGCAGUGCCGCUGAGGAGAGACUGAGUGACAGAAACAACCAGGAGACAGAAGGAGACGGAGGCCUCCACAGACAGAGGCUUCAAAAAACUAAAAGGUCACAACAAUGGGCCUCUGAGUUUUCAUUUCUGAGUGCCUACAAACGAAAAGCCAAAACACGUCCCAAGUCUCAUCUCCCUUUUUAACCGAGUGCACAAACCAAACCGGACAGAAACAGAAAGAAGCUCCUUCUGCAUCAGCGCCAUCAUAUCGUCUGGAUUUUGUUUUUGUUUUUUUUUGUGUGUGUUUUUAAGCCAAAAUGGCGGUUAACGUGACGCCCAUCCGGGACACGAAAUGGCUGACGCUGGAGGUGUGUCGCGAGUUCCAGCGAGGCACGUGUUCCCGACCCGACUCUGAAUGUAAGUUCGCCCAUCCGGCCAAAAGCUGCCAGGUGGAGAACGGGAGAGUCAUCGCCUGCUUCGACUCCCUCAAAGGCCGCUGCUCCAGAGAGAACUGUAAGUAUCUGCACCCUCCGCCCCACCUAAAGACGCAGCUCGAGAUCAAUGGCAGGAAUAACUUGAUCCAGCAGAAGAAUAUGGCCAUGCUGGCCCAACAGAUGCAGCUGGCCAACGCCAUGAUCCCUGGCACACAAUUGCAGCCUGUGCCCAUGUUCUCUGUCACGCCCAGCCUGGCCACCAACGCCACAGCACUGGUCAACCCAUAUCUGGGCCCCGUGUCUCCAGGCCUGGUGCCCAACGAGAUUCUGCCCAGCGCACCUGUUCUAAUGACCAGCACCCCUAACGUCCCUGUGCCCGCUGCAGCUGCCGCCGCCGCCCAGAAGCUCAUGAGGACAGAUCGGCUGGAGGUGUGUCGGGAGUACCAGAGAGGUAACUGCACGCGAGGUGAGAACGACUGCCGCUUCGCUCACCCAUCCGACAGCGCCAUGAUCGACACCAACGACAACACAGUGACCGUGUGCAUGGACUACAUCAAGGGCCGCUGCUCGCGCGACAAGUGCAAGUACUUCCACCCUCCGGCGCACCUGCAGGCCAAGAUCAAGGCCGCGCAGCACCAAGUCAACCAGGCGGCCGCCGCCGCUGCCAUGACUCAGUCGGCUGUCAAAUCACUGAAGCGACCCCUCGAGGCAACCUUUGACCUGGGGAUUCCACCUGUUUUGCCUCCAUUACCAAAGAGACCCGCACUUGAAAAAGCCAACGGUGCCACGGCCGUGUUCAACACUGGCAUGUUCCAGUACCAACAGGCCCUGACCAACAUGCAGUUCCAUCAACAGGCGGCUUUCAUACCAUCAGGCUCAAUAUUGUGCAUGACACCCGCAGCGAGUGUUGUUCCCAUGAUGCACGGUGCUUCGGCAGCCACUGUGUCAGCAGCCACCACAUCCGCCACAAGUGUUCCCUUCGCAACAGCCACAGCCAAUCAGAUUCCGGUAAUAUCUGCAGAUCAUCUGACUAGUCACAAAUACGUGACUCAGAUGUAGGACUUCUAACAAUCACGUUCAAGUGCGCUUGUGUGCCGUCCGAAAAAAUUUUAGGAUCCACCCUUUACACCAACAACCAACCAACCAACCAAGAGCAACGGAAGAUAAGAAAAAUAAAAAAAAAUAAAUCAUGUCACCAUUCCCUGGAAUGACGGAAACACGCAUGCUAACACUGUUAAGGAUUUGAUAUAGUAAAGAAAAAGAAAAAAAAAACUCUUUCGGUAAUUUCUUUUAUUUUUUUUCUUUUAUUUUUUUUUUUGGUAGCCGGAUGAAAAGAGCAUCACCGUCUGCCUUUUUCCGUCUGCGGAUGGUACAAAGCAUGUCUGAACCGUUACGGCGGCGGGAAACGCGCGGUUGGUGUCUCCUGUCAUGUUUUAUAUCGGUACAAAUUUUCGUUUGUGUUUCGUUUCCUGGGACAGUGGGCGGGGUUUUAUUGGUUUGUUCCUUUUUAUGGUUUACAAAACCACGGUGCACCUUGAAAACGUUUCAUUUCGAAAAGGAACUUGCAAAACGAAUGUCAUGUAAGACUUAAUAUCGUGCAUGCGGUGUUCCAUUUGUGAGCAGAUCUUUUAUAGGACUCGAUUGGAUAAAGGGGACGGAGGACACACACACACACACACUCACAUAAAUAUAUAUAUAUAUAUAUAUAUACACACGCGCAAAAAUGACAACUGAAUGUCCGAGAUCUUAAACACAGCAGUGUUCCUUUUUCCGAAGCACAUCGAAGCGUCGAUCUUCAUGUUGCCGACUCCACAUCAAGUGCCAUAGACAGUACUUGCAUCCAAAAGAUUGAAAAAAAAAAAAAGAAGAAGAAGAUACAAUAGACUUAUUAUAGGAGUGUUACGUGUUUGUAUUAUUAAUGCCUUUAAGUCUAUAAUGUGUUGUCUGGUUCUUUGUUUGAUUUCAGUAUUUUGUUUUAUUUUCUUUAUUUCGUUUUUUUGUUACUAGCCCAAAUAAUAACUCCAAAAACACACACACACACACAACAAUCGCCAAAAAUGUCAAUUCUGAAAAAUUCAAGCGCUGUUGCUUUAUUUCCAUUCUCGUUUUCAUUUUUAUCUAUUUAAAUUGAUUGAUAUUUUUAAGUUCUCAUGACUCCAAACUAACGAACUAGUUCAUGGCAGGAUUAUUAUUAUUAUUAUUUUUUUAUGAUUAUUUUUUUUUAUUUUUGUUUUAUUUAUGGUUAGAAUUAGGUGUGAAUUCCAUUCAUGAGAAAAUGAAAACUAAGAGAAAAAUAAGUAUUAAUAUUUUUUGGGUUUCUUAUGUAAGGUCCACUGUUUUAUUUUUCAUGUUUGAUCAGAGGAUGUGGGUGUAUUUUUUUUUUUUUUUGUAUUUCCUUCUCAGUCCUUUGUGGGAGGGAGAGAACGAUGAGGCCUGAGGUCAGAGAUGCUACAGAAAGGGCUGCUGGGUAAAAAAAAAAAAAGUAGAUAUAAAAAAUACGACGCCGUACAGUGUCGGCGUAGCGAUGAGCGUCGGUGCAUCGUUACAACCGAGGGCAGAAUUUUAAUGAUUGUAUGAUUCAAUAGUAAACGCCUUAGUCCAUCAUUCAGGCAUGUCGAUGCUCCUUAUCCCAUGUGUCUGUUUUUUUUGUUUGUUUUUUUGUUUUUUUUUAUUUUAUUUAUUUUUCAGAUUUUCCCUCCUAUUUUUGUUUCUUUCUUUCUUUUAUUUUAUUUUAUUUUUAAAAAGGGGGGGGGUCCGUCUUAUAUUAUUAUAUUUGUCCGGGGGUGAAAAAAAAAUAGAAAUAUCCUGUCGUAUAACUUAAGCACGGAUACUGUUUUAGUAUUCCAUUUUGUCAAGUAAGAUUUAACUUUUGUAGAGUGUGAAAUAUUAUAAAUAACGUUUUUCCUGUUUUUAUUCUUUUUUCCUUUUUUUUUGGCGUUCCUCACUCAGUUCUAAAGUUACGUAGUGCCGAUUCUCCGAGUAUUGAAUAUUAGCGUAUGGAGUAAAACCGAAACGAAUUUUUAUUUUUAGUGAAGCGUUUUUGUUUUCGUUCGAAAUCUUCGAACAAACAUCUUUUAUAUUAAUAUAUCUUAUGAUGACGACAUAGUUGCCGAGAGGCAUAGCUGCCGCGGUGUGAACCAUGGCUGAUAUUGGAAUAAUAUUUUAAUGAUCUUCUGGUUUGUAAUUAGUCGUUCUAAUUAGAGAGAGAGAGAGAGAGAGAGAGAGAAAAAGAUGAGUAUAGUUCUUAGAUGUUAAAGGUUGUUUUCUACUGUAUUCAUUAAAAAAAAAAAUAGUAAAUAUCGUUCGAGUAUUUCCGAUCUCCCUAGACGUAAGGCCUUGUUAAAGGAAAAAAGCUGCAUAUGCGAUGGCGAUGGGGCAGAUUGGAUGGACGUGAGGUCUGGAAGGUGUGUGUUAAACCGAUUAAAAAGAUUAAAAAAAAAAAGGAGAAUCCUUUUUAGGUGGCGCCACACACGUAACGUCGGGGACGGAGAGGACAAAAGUCGACUUUUUUGCACUUCUGUACAUAGUCAAAAAAGAAAGAAUCGUGUAUAAUAUUGAGAUCUUAUUUUGAAUAAAAAAUGUCUAUAAAUAUGAGGAAUUUUGUUAACGAUAUUAAAAAAAAAAAAACACACACACACACACACACACACAUACAGAAAGUCAGGCUGCUCGCAAAAAAGUGACACAGAAUUCCAAAAAAAGGGCAAAAAAAAAAUAAUAAUGAUAAUAAUUAAAACGUCGCUUUGCUUUUUUUUGUCAGCGGCUUGUAGCUUGCCAGAAAGCAUUCAGGUUGGAGGUGACCCUCGUCCUCCAGAGCAAGGCCCUGUGUGAAAAGCCAUGUGGUUUCAACCUGGUGGUUCUUCAACCCUGAUCCUGAUCCACAUUUUAGUGUUUUCAUCCUCGAACACACCCACGGUGAUCUGUUUAGGCCAUCGUUCGGAUCUGGUGUUUUAGCGAUGAGGACUAUAAAAUAUGCAGAGCAGGAGUAGAACUGGGAAUCGCCGGGCCUAAUCUCCAAACGAAAUAGAUCCAAACCCAGAUUUUCUAGUUUCUUUUUCUGACGAUUGCAUGUUAAAGGACGUAACAUAUACCACAAGAAAACUUCACUGAGUAAUACCGAAAUAAACAACCAUGUUAUACAACUUAUUUACAGUAUACUUUGUAAUAUUAAUGUAACGGACUUAAAAAAAAAAAAAAAAAAAAAAGGACAAAAAAAAACAAAAGUGGAUAACAAAAAAUAAAAAAUAGAUUCCUAGAGAGCAUAGCCUCAUCAAGGUGUUAGCUCUUACGGAGUAAUAACAACUGUACAUCAUAGCUAUAAGUAAGAUCUUUUCUUUUCAUACGUCGUAUUUUAAGUAGAUGAUGGAUCGACAAACCGAAAUUCUUUGGCACUCUGAAGUUAUGGGUACCUGUGGUGUAAAGUUAGGAAAUGUUUCGCGUCCAUGUUGAGUUGCCAAACGGAUUCUGUGUUACCAAAGUUGAUUGUGCUUACGCAUUUCCUGCUCGUUCGCGGCUCGAACCCGGAUUUACCCCUCGGGCUGGCUAGGUCAUUUCUUUUCAUGGGUUACAGGUGCACAUUUGAGUUGAUGACACGUUGUAAUCUACCGAUUUAUGGUUUGUUUCUGCUUGUAGUGAUUAAUAAUGUAUUCUGUCUAAAGCUGCAGUUUGUUUCAGCUAAUUUUAUUAUUUAGUGCUUUCAGGAAAAAGUAAAAAAAACAAACAAAAAAUAAAUGGGUUUUUGUAAUUUAGCCUCACUUCAGCAUGCACUUAUAAUGGCCUGCUAUCACAAUACUGACACAACAGUCUUAAGCCAUACCCAAUUGAAGGAUUCAGACGCAUCUAAUAUUAACAAAGGGGCAGCUUUCUGCCACUCCAGUUGAUAAAAAUCAAAAAGGUCAAAACAUUCAAGGCAGGUCAUUAUUGGAUCUGAAUGCUACAUUACAAAGACCUUAUUAAAUGGCUUUUAAUGCUUGAUUUCAUUCUUGCUGUUAUGGAAAAAAAAAGAAAUCUAAUGAAAAUAUAUAAAUGAACUUAAAUAAAAGUGGAUUUGCAAACAAA